AUGUUGUUUGUAUCUCGAGCGCGCUCAGUUUAUAAUAGGAGAGCUGUGGGCGGUUCUCUCUUGAAACUGCUCAGCACAGCAAUACCAUCCGAAACUGCCUAUAACAAGAAAAUAUCACCCACAGUGAAGCAAAUUCCGAGCCACGUAAGCACCGGUAAUGUCGUAACAAAUGGGAGUUCCAUGAAUGCUCCUCUUGCCGAUUAUUCAAGUAAUUUGAACAAAAGUUUAGGAGGUAAACCCUUAGAACACCCUGUCAUUGCCAACAAUGGUUCCAAUGAUAAUGGUAUAGACUGGUAUACAUCAUGGUAUGGUAUUGGCUCUCAACCAUUUGAUGCAAACGUGCAGGAGGCCCUUGGUCAAGCCUUGGACCCGCUGGAUAUUGAAAUAAAGCCCGAUGGUUUAAUAUACUUACCGGAAAUCAAGUAUCGACGGAUUUUGAAUAAAGGUUUUGGAGCUGGUGGCUGGGGUUUGGUACCCAGAUCCGAAACUAUAGUGACUUCUAAGUUAGUGACAAGGGAAUACGGACUAGUGUGUCAUGGUCAGCUCGUAAGUGUUGCUCGCGGUGAACAAGAUUAUUUCAGUGACGCUGGGAUUCCCACUGCCACUGAGGGUUGCAAAAGUAAUGCGUUGAUGAGGUGCUGUAAAGACCUAGGCGUCGGGUCUGAGUUGUGGGACCCAGUCUUUAUUAAAAAGUUCAAGACAACUCAAUGCGUGGAAAAAUUCGUGGAGCACAUUACGACCAAAAAGAAGAAGAAAAUUUGGCUCAGAAAAGAUAGGCAGGUCGAAUACCCCUAUAAAUAG